GACGCCGACGACGAACCGACAUGGCCCACGCAGAUCACACAAGAGACCCAUGUCCCUGGGUUAUCCUCUCCGACUUCGGUAGCGCCUUUGCCAUGGGUGCCGUCGGUGGUACCAUCUGGCACGGUAUCAAGGGCGCCAGGAAUUCACCAAGGGGCGAUCGUCUUGUGGGAGCAUUGUCGGUCGUCAAAGCUCGCGCGCCUGUAACAGGUGGCAACUUUGGUGUCUGGGGUGGCAUGUUCUCGACGUUCGACUGUGCUGUGAAGGGCUGGCGGCAAAAGGAGGACAUGUGGAAUGCGAUCAUCUCUGGUUUCAUGACGGGUGGAUGUCUCGCUGCGCGAAGUGGACCCCGUGGUGCUCUGACUUCUGCGGUAGCAUGUGGUAUUCUCCUCAGUGUCUUCGAGGGUGUCGGUGUCUUGGUAUCACGAGUGUUCAACGAGGGUACUCGGCCUCAGCUACCACCAAUGCCCGAGAACAUGCAACCGCAGUGAUUCGGCCACCCCUCUGGACUAUAGAUGUAUAUCUCAUUCUACACGCUUUCUAUGUUCUAUUAAUGCUUGCAUCGUCUCUUCUCCUCUGUAUUGUUUGGCAUACUCCGCUCAUACCUAUGACGAUAUAAUAUCGUUA